AGCGAAAUCGUGUUAACCAGUAAAUGCAUCUUGUUUGUAUAUGUUUAGUGCAAAAUCGUGUAAAAUACUAAAAGUUUGAGCGCUGUUUUGGAUUCACAGGGCCCCCUAGGACUCUAACUUAAUGGAAAGCUCAUCUAGAUAUUGGCAAAAUUAUUUAUGCCUCAAUGUUAAAGGCAGACCAUCAAAUCUAUCUUAAAUAUUUCACUUUCAUUUGUGAAGAUAAAUUCAUCAGUCGCAGGCAGAGGUUUCGCAAGUGGAAUUCGAAAACCAUUUGUUUGUAAUUUUAUUUUGCUGGCUACCGCAUUCAUGUGUUCCAAGAUUUACGUGGAAUAUUUUCUUUAAUUACAAAUGUCACAUGUUUAUCCUGAUGAAAGUUUUAUCGAAAAAAAAAUCUGGAAAAUUGAUUAAAUCUUUCUUAAUUUUCCGAAAUUCUGAAGUUUGGAAAAGUAUAACGAUGAACUUCAAUUUAACAAACCAAGUGUGUUUGGGUAUUUUAAGAAUGCCGAGUGUGUGUGAUUCUUCUAGUCUUCAGUUUGUAAAAAGUCAAAAGUUUUGCCGAAGAAGCGACCGUAUGCAGACCCUAGACGCCACCAGAAAUAAACAAAGCCUUUGGAGGAACAACUCCCGGCAAGUUACCUGAAUAUCAGGUAAUCAGAAAAAAACAACACACCUGAGAGACAGAGAAGCGGCGCCUGUCUAUGUGUGUUGGGUGUGGGUCCCAGAUCCAUGACCAGUUUAUUCUCCGAGUGGCUCCGGACCUGGAGUGGCACGCUUCGUGUUUAAAAUGUGCCGAAUGCAACCAAUAUCUGGACGAGAAUAGCACUUGUUUUGUGAGAGAAGGAAAAACAUACUGUCGAAAAGAUUAUGUGAGGAACUUUGGAGCUAAAUGUACGAAAUGUAACUUAUCAUUCGGAAAAAGCGAUUUUGUGAUGAGAGCACGGGAAAAUGUGUACCACAUAGACUGUUUCCGUUGUGUUGCAUGCAGUAGACAAUUAAUUCCAGGCGAUGAAUUCGCUUUAAAAGACGAUGAACUAUUUUGUAAAGCGGACCAUGAUGUUGUAGAAAGGUCCUCAUCCUGUAAAGAAAACGGAAAUGCAAGUAGUGCCGAAGAAGACAGUCCUAAAUCGUCAAAAAUCCGGAAACUUAGCAACAGUAAUAAUGACGACAACAACAACAAUAGUGAAAUUCAAAAAGGAGGAUUACAUUUAGCGGGUCGAGUCGAACAGGUGUCUUCAAAGUCCAACGGCAUGCGAGGGCAUCUUCACAAAUCUGAGCAGAAACCAACGCGAGUGCGGACAGUUCUGAACGAGAAGCAACUUCACACUCUCCGAACGUGUUACAAUGCAAACCCUCGACCGGACGCCCUCAUGAAAGAACAGUUAGUGGAAAUGACAGGGCUAAGCCCGAGGGUUAUCCGAGUGUGGUUUCAGAACAAACGAUGCAAGGAUAAAAAGCGAAGCAUCAUGAUGAAACAGAUUCAGCAGCAACAGCAAGAAAAGAAUGGAGGCAGAUUGCACGGUCCUUUACAAGGAGUUCCGAUGGUAGCCUCGAGUCCAGUUCGUCACGAGAGUCCUAUGCAGGCGAAUCCAGUGGAGGUCCAAAGCUAUCAACCGCCAUGGAAAGCGCUGAGUGAAUUCGCCAUGCAGAGCGAGCUAGAGCACCCACCAUUUCAACAACUGAUGAAUUCCUUUGACACGAUAGAUUCAGACGACACCUCGUCCUAUCACAAUGACGGUUAUACUGAUGGAUAUGGUCACGGUUGGAUGCACGGCGAUCUUGACGGAAAUUGCUCCGAUUCAGACUUUCCCGGAACUCCUUCGGAAAUGUCCAGUCCUCUAAGCCAAUAACAUUACGGAAUUAAAUAAAAAUAAUCAUGGAAAAGUUGUGACAGUUCCUAAGAAUUCCAAACCAUGAAUAUUCACCCAGGAGCAAACGAGGAGGCUCGAGUCUCAUUCAGGGAAUGACUGACUUUAUGUUUGUCGGGACACGUGGGUUAUCACGUGACGCCCGCCAUUAUCUAUGCUCAGCGACUUUUUGUAAUUCUAGAUGUUGUGAUGACUUGUGUGCCGCUUUCUUACUGAUUGAACUAUGUGUAAAUAAAACAAACCCACAGACAAACAAACCUGAUGCCCUUAAUUUUACUGUAACAGUAAAACAAGGCAUAUACUACAACAAUAGAUUACAAGCUUGUACCACAUUAUGUAACACUAACGUGACGUUGUCUAUGCUACGUCACUUCCGGAUUUUAUCAAUUCACAUACUCCCGCUGUAGGGGCAGCUUUAGAUACACUACGCCGUUAGCUGUACAAGUAUCUGUAUUUCAGAUUUCUAUUUAUUAUUAUUUAUUUAUUAAACAAUGCAUGUAACAUAA